UCCUCUGACAAUGGUUGAACAUCUUAAACUUGGCGAUAUUGUGGCGCUUGCGGCGUAUUUCGUUUUAGUGAUCGGCGUUGGGAUAUGGUCCACAUUCAGGCCCACCAGAAGCGGCGCCAUGGGCUAUUUCUUGGCAGGGAAAAGCAUGAACUGGUUCACGGUGGGUGCCUCGCUUUUCGCAAGUAACGUCGGAGCGCCAAUGUUCAUUGGUUUAGCCGGAGCGGCUGCUGCAUCCGGGUACUCCGUGGUUGUGUACGAAUGGCAUGCCAUAUAUUUACUGAUAGCGCUGGGAUGGCUUUUUGUACCAGUGUAUGUGGCGAGUGGGUCAUUCACGAUGCCGGAGUAUCUGCACAGGAGGUUUGGGGGCCGGCGGCUGCGCAUCUACCUCUCCGUCCUCGCCCUGCUUCUCUACAUCCUGACGCGCAUCUCGUCUGAGAUCUACACGGGGGCGUUGUUUAUACAGCUACUCCUCGGCUGGAACCUGUACUACUGCAUCACCGGUAUACUCACAGUAACAGCCUUCUACACCGUCUUAGGAGGAUUGGCGGCGGUGAUCUACACGGAUACUCUACAAACCGUCGUUCUCCUAAUCGGAGCGACCGUCCUUACAGCCACUAGUUUCAAAGAAAUUGGUGGAUUUGAGGGUUUGCAUGAAAAAUACAAACUGGCGGCUGCGGAAUAUGCGUUUUCCAAUACAACUCUUUACUCAUGUGGACUUCCCCGGAACGACUCGUUCCGAAUAUGGCGCCACCCCGUGACCGGAGACAUCCCCUGGCCUGGCGCCCUGACUGGGCUGAGCAUCCUUGGACUGUGGGUGUGGUGUAGUGACCAGAUCAUCGUCCAAAGGUCACUAUCCGCAAAGAAUAUGGUCCACGCUAAGGGAGGUUCGCUGCUUGCUGCUGCUCUUAAAAUAAUCCCGUUCUUCUUGUGGAUCAUUCCUGGCAUGGUCAGCCGGGUGCUCUUCCCAGAUGAAGUUGCCUGUGCAUCCCCUGAUGCAUGUUAUGCUGUGUGUCAGAACAGGGCGGGAUGCAGCAACAUUGCCUACCCGCUACUGGUGCUCCGGAUACUGCCAGAAGGGUUGCGAGGACUGAUGGUAGCUGCGGCCCUGGCUGCCCAGAUGAGCACUUUGACGUCCAUCUUUAAUAGCGCGAGUAGUAUGUUCACGAUAGACAUCUGGCCGUAUUUGAGGAAGAACCCGUCCAAUAAUGAACUGAUGGUGGUUGGACGCUUGACAGUGAUGGUCUUGACAGGGCUGGGGAUUCUCUGGUUACCCAUACUGCAGCAGUCCCAGGGGGGACAACUCUGGGCAUACCUUCAAGCUACAGCGGCUUACACUGCACCUCCGUGGACCAUGGUGUUUCUACUGGGCAUGUUCUGGAAGAGGACAACUGAGCCGGGCGCCUUCUGGGGCCUGAUGGUUGGACUAGCAGUUGGCCUGCCUAGACUGUGCCUGGAGUUCAUCUUCCCGGCGCCACUCUGUGGAAGUGGAGAAGCAGACGAGAGACCCACCGUCUUGAAAGAUGUCCACUUCCUGUACUUCGCCCUUAUCCUGGCGGCUGUGUCGUCCUUCGUCGUCGUCGUCAUCAGUCUCAAAACUGAGCCAAGAUCUCCGGAAAAGCUACGGCGGGUGACGUGGUGGACGAGGCAUGAGGAAGAACCGGAAUUGUCUGAAGACGAGGAAUCCCCGGGCACCGACGAAAGUAAUGAAAUGGCGAUAGAAGAGCCUCAAGAAACAGACGUGGAAGACGAAAAGACGUUUAGUCACAGCGUCACCACCAGGAACAAUGGAUGCUGCAGAAAAGCAAUCAGUUGGCUGUGUGGGUUUCAACAACUAUCCCAAACAAAUUUGACGAAGGAGGAGAGGAGAGCGCAAAGGAAACGUUUAACCAGUCUCCAGGAGACCGGAAAUGCGAAGCAUUUUCUCAACGCGGGCGCCAUCAUGUUGGCGACAUUGACGGCGUUUCUUCUUGGCUACUUCGACUCACGUUGAUACCUUUUCACGGACACAUCUUUAAGGGACACUGUUUUUCCUCUGUGAUGAAUAUAAUACAUAGGCCAGUGCACAGGCUCGUCAGACAAACCAAGAUUAACGAUCGGUUUAGGAUCAGAAUAGUUUUUCACCUGACUGAUUAUUAAAUUAAUUAUUGGUGUUAGCUGCUAAGAACUAGGUUAGGUGAAAAAAUCCAAACAACAACAGAUACAAAAACCUUUGCCAUUGAGAUUCAGGGUUCGAAUAGGUCCCCCAGCAAUACCUGCUUGUCGGAGGAGGAGACGCAAGGGUCUGGGGGUCAGGCUCAGUGACUUGAUUGUGAGUCAUCGUACCCAGGUGGCGUAGAUAGAUGCUCAUGAUGUCUACCACUGGAUUGUCAGGCCCAGACUCGAUUAUUUACAGACCACUGUAAUAUAGCGGGAAUAUUGCUGAGUGUAGUGUUAAGCAACAAACAAAUAAUUGCUCGAACGUCCUCAAGUCACAGGGGUUGGAUGAUGACGUUCUGUGACCGCGUCAUCCCACCUCAUCUGAUCAGGAUAUGAUGAUGAUCAGGCUCUCUCUGGGUGUCAUCGUUCCUGAUGACGUGGGCCGCUGCUCAUGCUUUCAGUCACUAGUUUGCCCGGUCCAGACUUGAUUAUUUACAGAGGUGAUCAAAAUAUUUGGCGUUAAACAACAUUCAAUCACUUCCUCACUCUGCUGACACUAGGCUACCACAAGUUGAAUGUUCUUUGGGAGACAUUACAGAUGUUUCGAAGCAGGUUUAACUAAUCCUGAAUAAUAAAAUUGGGGCACGGGUUGCCCAGUCGUCUGAGGCGCCGCAAUUCGCUGGGCAGAGUUGCGUCUCGUUGGCGUCUCCCAAAACCUAUGAUCGUGGGUUCGAAUCCCGGUUGGCCCCGACUUUGUGUCUAGGCUGUCUGCACCAUACCUGUGCUCGUGGGUUUCCCCACAGGGGAACAGAUGCAGUUGGGGGUCUUCCUAUCACAACAAGCGGACGCUCCGUAAUAUAAUCAAAAUACAUUUAUAGCGGCGUUGAACCAGGAGUUCUUUUUUCGGAUAAAACGAACGUUAAAUAUUUGGUUCGUUACAACGACCAUUCUCGAUAUCAGACUUGGUUAUAUCGAGAGUUUACUGUAAUUCAUUCUUAUAAUCUUGCCAUUGUUAUUGUAACCUACUUUCAUUCUGUUCACAUUCUGACCGCCUCCGUGGUCUAGUGGUAGGGCGUCUGCCCGGAGAGCGGGGGGUCUGGGGUUCGCUUCCCGGCCGCGUCAUACCAAAAGACGUUAAAAGAUAGUACUUUUUGUAACACUGUCUUGCGCUCGCCAUUGAGGGGCUUAAACAAGGACUGGUCGGCUCGGAGUCAGUGUACUGUGUCUGAGUGGCAUAUUCAUGUUAAACUGCGGCAUGGUAUCUCAGUGAGCUAGCACUAUAAAUCGGCAUCAGUC